GUUAUUUGCCUUCAAGCUAUAUUCCGUCUGCUAAUGCGGAUUUUAAGGAGACUAAAAUGCAGAAUCAUACCUCUAAUGCACAAGACGUCAAGUGAUAAAGAUAUAAAUCAAAAUCCAAAGGAAAAACCACAAGAAGAAGAAGACGGAAAAGUUGAAGAAUCAGUAAAAUCUGCAAGAUUUCAAAGUAAGGAUUCGGAGAAAGAUUCAAAAAUGAUGGAAUCGGAUUCAGCUGUGUUUGAAAUCGAUGAGUUGAACUCAACAAUUGCACCGUCGAGCAGUCGACAGUGUAUUGUUGAAGCAGAUCUCGAAUGUGCUGUAACAGCGAAGAAGCCAAAGAAGAAGCCUGCUCAACGAACCGAUUUCCAUCCACGUCCUCCAUUUUCAUGCGUUCCAAUUUAUACUGCAAUUCUUCUCGGAUUAUUAAUUGUUUUAAUUGUUGGAGCAGUAACAACUAUAGUCGAUAUGAGACCUGCAUUCAUUUAUGGAGAUGCUGGGAAUACAACUCAUUUACAUCUUAAUAAGACAUUAACUUCAAUUAUUGAACCACCUCCACCAAUAUCGUUUUCAACUUUGAAACCUCAAUAGGGAUAUAUUAGUAAAAUUAUUAACUCAAUAUUAUCAGUUGGCAGUUUCACAAAAAUUCGAUGGAAUUAAAUUAUUUUUCUGUACAUACGACGUAGGUCAACUUUGUCGCACGAUUCGAAAAUACCGGUGUAUUGUUUUUAUUUUCUCUGUUUCUUUUUCUUUUUUUUUGUCAAAUUUCAUUGCAUUGAAACUUGAUUAAAUCGAUUGUUCUGUUUUAUUCAUGGGAGCAUUAGAAACCUCUGUCAUUUGAGAGAGGAGGGAUCUUAUAAUAAAUUUAAAGGCA